CUGUAAUUGGUGCGAGAGAGUGGGGUACCGGCCACAUAAAGUCCGUCUCUCCAUUGAAACUUCUGUUUAUAGCAUACGAGCAUACAGACUGGCAACAACUUCUACAAAGAUGCAGUCCCUGACCUGGUUCUUGGCAUUGGCGGCGUGCUUCGCUUUUGCGCAAGGUCACACGUAUCACAUGGGCUCCUGUCCCGUCGUCGAGCCUAUGCAGGGCUUCCAAAUGAGCCGGUUCCUGGGCAUAUGGUACGUCAUCCAGAAAACGUCGACCGCCAGCAAGUGCAUCACCUACAACUACACGCGGGGCGAGGAGCCGGGCGAGUACCUGUUAACGCAGGACUCGGACCACCCGAUCUUAGGUCUUACGUCAUUGAAGCACGAGUAUCACUACACCGGCGAGCUGAGCGUGCCGGAGCCCAGCACUCCGGGACGCAUGGAAGUCCGUUUCCCCCUUAGUGUGGCCGGGACCGCGUCCCACGUGAUAUUCAUGACGGACUAUGACAAUUACGCCGGCAUAUUCACCUGCCAGAAACUGGCGUUCGCCCAUCGGCAGAGCGCGACGAUCCUCUCGAGGAGCCGGAUGUUGGAUCAGGCCCAGGUGGACAAGAUACGUCAGAGACUGAGCCAAUACGGCGUCGAUCCGUUCGACCUGAGCAUCAUCUCGCAGACGGGCUGCCCGCAGGGCAACAACACCUUGGACAUCAACGUCGACCCCAAUACCUUCACCUCCGAGAGCUUCGGCAACGCGGUGCGCAAGGCGGGCGAGAAGAUCGGCGACGGCGUCCAGUGGAUCGCCCAAACCGGGAGCAACGUUUAUCACAAGUUGACCGGGACCGAGGAGCACACGCCAUCGACGUCGCCGACGAAUGUAAACGGUGAGGUCACGGCGAACGUUAGGUACAUCGGCAACAAAUACGAGACCAACGAGGUGGAGUGGAUCCCUUAAGUGUCGUCCGAACGAUUCCGUUAAUCUUUUAUUAUACCGUUACACAUGCAUUAGUCGCGAUUCUGAGGCGAUUAGACGUAGACGCAGUGGGCGACGAUAGUUAAGGCCCGUUAAGAUCCUCCUUAUGAUUCACGGUAUGACUUUCUGUCGUUUUAUCGAAGAACAUAUGCAAAACCCGAAUGGAUAUCUAUAUGUAAAAUUGAAAUAAAAAAAGCACCCAGACAGCAUAAAUUUCUGAAAGACGUCUUAUAUAUGUAUGUAAAGACGUUUGACAAAAAUAGGACGUCUUUUCGGACAAUAUUUACAAAUCUUAUAUUUAAAAUCAUCUCAAGUUAAGUUCUUUUUUGUUUUUUAAAUACCACGUAUUAUGUUUGUUCCUUUUGGCCGAACUAGAUUUUUGUCUCUAGAGUGAAGCAAGUGUAUAACCUCGCAUUGAAAGGAAAAGGAACGAAGUUCCGGCGCAGCUAAAACUAACUAGUUCAGCUAAAACGAACAGGUUUCUAGUGAAGCGGCUCUCACAGAAUCUGAAGAUGAACUUGAGAUCAAGUAUAAGAUUAGGCUAUGAAUACUGUCUUUGCACAUUUUUCGCAAAUGGGCUACGCUACUAGCUGUUCUAUUAAUAUAUAUUAAUAGAAUUUAUAACGACCAAAAAUAAAGAUAUUUCAGUUUUAAUAUAA